AUGAGUCGAGGAAGCCGACAAAUGCCAGGCCGAUCCGAGCCUUAUGAAUACUCUUUCAUCCCCGCCCCCGCUCCUGGCACCGACUCAGAAUUCCAGGGUCCAAUUCAGCAGAACAUCGUCGACACGAUUGAACAAUGGAAUUACGAUAGUAGCUAUAACGACCCUGACUUCGGAUACAUAGUACCGCUACCGGUGAACACUCUGGAAAGUCAGUAUGCAUCUGACACAUCGAGAUCAUCUCGUGAUCCUAAUAGCUUGGAACGAUCCUCCGCGACCGAGGAAUCUUUACUAGAUCUGCUAGAUGGUUCACAUACCAUCGCCAAUCCUACAAAUAUAACGAAAAAUCCCAAGCCUCAGCAAUUACCAGAAGCGCUUAAAUACUUAGCACCAGUACCCACACAAAGAGAUACUUCUCAUCAAUCUAUUAAGACCCAAUCGAGGAACCCUCAACAAUCCGCAACCGAUGAGCUACUACCUCUUAGACAACCUCCUACACAUUCUCACUAUCCUGAACAACAAGUCCAAAAUGCACAACCGAUUUCUUAUCAACCUUCUACAACACAUCCCACAACUCUGGCAGUUGUGAAUGACCCAUUCCUGUACGGUGAUGUUGAUGUGUUUUCGCAACCAUUGGAAAUUCAACUAGGCCCAGUACUACCGCCGUCAUUAUCUAAAGGAAAACGAAAACAAUCUUUCAGCCCUUCCCCGUCGCCGGAUCCUAACUCAUCACGUCCAAGAAGGGUCGCAAAUGCCAAGCGUCGGCGCGAAUUCACUUAUCCUGCUUCUCCAAAACCUUCAUUUGGCUCCGAAUGGUGGGAAAGUGAUGCUUCACUUUGCUGGAGAUGCCGCAGGCAUAACACAAACCACCUGAUAUCAGGAUUUUGUGAUUCUUGCAUCCGAGUGUCAAACUUCAAUGUCGCUCCAAGCACUCAAGGGACGAGAACGGAAAAUUUGGAAAGCCUAGUCUUAUAUCUAUUACCAUCACAUGUGGAAGAAAACCUCCGCGCUAUUCCUCGGAAUACACUAAAAACCAAAACUUGGCGUAUGUUUUCUGCUGAGAGGGCCGAAAAAGCAUUCGAUCACGAUUUUGACAAUACCGUAUUCAGAGAUCAUUUCGUUUUAGCGCAAGAACAGGCUCGUUCAACCGGAGUCUUCGACGAGAAAUACUCAGAUCUAAUGGCAAUAGCUCAAACAUACCAAGAAUCUAUUCUUCAACCUAACAAAUCUCUCGAAGCUUCUUGCAGGAUUUUGAUCGAAUGCUGCGAAUUAUACAAAUGCUUUAUCACAACAACGAUGCCGCCAGCUCCAAUUCCAGUUCUUAAUCUCCUCGAAAAGAUCCGCACCACUCGCAGCACGAUGCGCAGAGCUUUCAAAGAAUAUCAAAACCUGGCACUCGCUCCCUCCGACUUUCGUUCUCGACGUGAUUGGCUACCUUCAUUUCUUUCCGCAUGUUCUCUUGCGAUAUCGGCAGUUGUGUUCAUAGAUAUGAUGGUAGCGGUUCCAUCACCCUACAAAGAGAGAAUUUGGGGUGUGGCAUGGCAAGAGAGAAUAACUCAAAUAAGACAUGGAGGAUAUGGAAUGAUGUUGGAAGUUCUGAGAGCAAACACAAAGAAUAUCAAUCCAUUGGAGUUGAGUUGUUGGGAUCAGGAUUUCGGAAUGGACACAAACUUCCAAGUAUUAAAUAAUGCUCAUGAUCCUUUUGCUGGAAAUCAAUACAUGAACGCACAGUACAGCACCGGAUACACAAUGGAUCCUUCCUCUAAUCCACAGUUUUCCUAUGGACUUGCAACACCUGCAACACAAGACUUUGCUCCUGAUCUUCUAUACUCCAAUUUGGAUUACGACCAAGCUUAUUAUAACAACUGGCAACAAAUGCAUUUGAGAAUGCAACAACAAGCAAAAGCGGAAGAAGAGAGAAGAAUUUUACUAGGAGAUACUUCGCCAGAGGCACUGCAAGGAAUGAUGGCAGUGAAAUCCUGGCAGAUAAGAAAUUUUGAGCACCUGAAGUUGGGAGAGAAUAUUUUCAAGAAAGAUUUGUAUAGACAAGCGACUAUCAAUCCAAUCGCGGGCUUGUGGAGAAUCUUUGAUAUGAAGUGA